AUGCCUUUCUUUUCUAGAGUGUGCUCUCGGUUCGUCAACUUGAGUGGGACGACCAGAGACCUGCAGCAGAGGGUUGCUGCUGGAGAGACCCUCGAGAGUGUGCUCCUGGAGGCGUUUGCUGUUGUGCGCGAAGCUUCCAAGAGAGUUCUUGGCCUGAGGCCGUUUGAUGUCCAGCUCAUAGGUGGCAUGGUGCUGCAUGACGGGCAGAUCGCUGAGAUGCGGACGGGGGAAGGCAAGACGCUGGUUGCUGUGCUCCCUGCCUACCUCAACGCGCUCACAGGUGUAGGGGGCAUGGUGCUGCAUGACGGGCAGAUCGCUGAGAUACGGACGGGGGAAGGCAAGACGCUGGUUGCUGUGCUCCCUGCUUACCUCAACGCGCUCACAGGUAAGCAAGGGCGUGCGUAUGGGCGAGUGAGACCCCUCCUGGGAAGCAAGGGCGUGCAUGUGGUGACAGUCAACGAUUACUUGGCUCGUAGGGAUGCCGAGUGGGUGGGGCAGAUUCACAAGUAUCUCGGUCUGUCUGUCGGCCUCAUUCAACAGGGCAUGACGGCGCAGCAGAGGAGGGAGAGCUACGCGUGCGAUGUCACAUACGUCACCAACAGCGAGCUUGGAUUCGACUACCUCCGAGACAACCUUGCCACUUCCAAGAUGGACCUAGUUGUACCCUCCUUCAACUUCUGCAUAAUCGAUGAAGUUGACUCCAUUCUGAUUGACGAGGCCCGCACGCCGCUCAUCAUAUCAGGGCCGGCAGAGAAGCCCAGCGAGCGAUACCUCGUAGCUGCCAAGAUCGCUGCUGCCUUUGAACGAGACGUGCACUACACGGUUGACGAGAAGCAAAAGGUUGUUCUCUUAACAGAGAUAGGGUACGAGGAAGCAGAGCUGGUGCUCAAAGUGACGGAUCUGUACGAUCCCAAAGAGCAGUGGGCCUCCUUCCUCCUCAACGCCAUUAAAGCCAAGGAGCUCUUCACCAAGGACGUACAGUACAUUGUGCGCGACGGCGCGGUGCUUAUAGUGGAUGAGUUUACAGGGAGGAUAAUGGAGGGGCGGCGGUGGAGCGAAGGCGUGCAUCAAGCAGUGGAGGCGAAAGAGGGGGUGGCAAUACAGAACGAAACAGUCAGCCUCGCUUCGAUCAGCUAUCAAAACUUCUUUCUCCAGUACCCCAAGCUGUGUGGUAUGACCGGCACGGCAGCCACAGAGGCAGACGAGUUUGGUGGCAUCUACAAGCUGGCUGUGGCCGAGGUCCCCACCAACCGGCCCCUGCAGAGAAAGGACGAGCAAGAUGUAGUUUACCGCACGUCAGUGGGCAAGUGGAAAGCAGUGGUGGCGGAUGUGAAGGGGCGCCAUGCAGAGGGGCGGCCAGUGCUGGUGGGCACCACAUCGGUUGAGAUCAGUGAGGCGCUGUCGGCCAAGCUGAAGGAAGCAAAUGUUCCUCACCAGGUUCUCAAUGCCAAACCAGAGAAUGUGGAGAGAGAAGCAGAGAUAGUGGCACAGAGUGGGCGAGUGGGGGCGGUGACAAUAGCAACCAACAUGGCUGGGCGGGGAACUGACAUUCUUCUGGGCGGCAAUGCAGAGUUCAUGGCCCGUCUCAAGCUUAGAGAGGCUCUCAUGCCCAGAGUGGUGAAGGCAGACGACGUGGCGUUCAUAUUCCAAGGCAAAACGAAGAUUGCUGUCAAACGAACCUGGACGGUGCCCCCCAGUCUCUUCCCCUGUCCGCUCUUGCCUGACCUCACUGAUGCCGUGAACGAGGCGGUGCAAGCAGCAGUGGAGGCGUGGGGGAGCAGUUCGCUCACAGCACUGGAGGCAGAGGACAGGCUGGCAUUUGCAUGUGAGAAGGGCCCCACGUCCGACCCGGUGGUGAAGCAGCUGAGAGCAGCCUUUGAGGCCGUGGAGGGGGAGUAUCGGCGAUUCACAGAGGAGGAGAAGCGGAAAGUGAUUGCUGCAGGGGGGCUGCAUGUGAUCGGCACAGAGCGACACGAGUCGAGACGCGUGGACAACCAGCUACGUGGCCGCAGCGGUCGGCAGGGGGACCCAGGCAGCUCUCGCUUCUUCCUCAGUCUGGAGGACAAUCUUUUAAGAGUGUUCGGGGGAGAGCGCAUCGACGGGCUGAUGAGGGCCUUCCAUGUGGAGGAUCUGCCCAUCGAGUCGCCGUUUCUGAACCGAGCGCUGGAGGAUGCGCAGCGGAAGGUGGAGAACUACUACUUCGACAUUCGCAAGCAGCUGUUUGAGUACGACCAGGUGCUGAACAGCCAGCGGGAGCGGUUCUACUCGGAGAGGAGGAGAGCGCUGGAGACAGAGGAUCUCGAAGGGCUGAUGCUGGAGUAUGCACAGCUGACCAUGGACGACAUUGUCAAUGCGAACAUCGACCCAUCACUGUCACAGGAGGAGUGGAACUUCGAGGCUCUUACAAAGAAGGUCAAACAGUACUGUGCUCUGCUUACGGAUUUAUCAAUCGAUGACAUUAUCUAUCACAGCGACACUGUAGACACCCUGAGGGAUUAUCUGCACCAACGCAGCAAAGACGCCUACUACACAAAGAAGGCAGAGGUAGAAUCGGCAGUCCCAGGGUUAAUGAGGGAUGCAGAGCGGUACUUUGUGCUCACUCAGAUGGAUCUGCUCUGGAAGGAGCAUCUGCAGGCGCUCAGAUUCACCCAGCAGGCCGUGGCUUUAAGGGGCUAUGCUCAACGAGACCCUCUUAUCGAGUACAAGCUUGAAGGGUACAACCUGUUUCUUGCAAUGAUGGGGCAGAUCCGGCGAAAUGUCAUUUAUUCCGUGUAUCAGUUCAAUCCAGUCCAGUGA